AUGGCGCCUGAUCGGGGAUACCGCGACGAUGCCGAUGGCGACGUUCACGAUACUGUUAGCAGCAGUAACCACACCCCAAUGCCGCAUGCUUCUUACCCAGAGAAUGCUCCCGAGCGAGAGCCUGUCAUCCACGGCCACAGCUUUACCAUUCGUGGUGUUGCAGUCGGCCUGCUGGUCGGUUUGGUCAUUUGCUUCUCCAACAUGUAUUUUGGCCUGCAGACGGGUUGGGUGAGCACCAUGACUAUGCCGGCUAGCUUGAUGGGUUUCGGCAUUUUCAAGGCCCUAUCUAGGCACCUGCGAUUCCCAUUCAGUCCUGUCGAGAAUGUCCUUGUGCAGACCGUGGCUGGAAGCAUGGCCAUCAUGCCACUUGGCUGUGGUUUUGUCGGUGUAAUUCCCGCCAUGAACUAUCUCUUGGCUCCUGAGGAACAGGGGCCUCUCAACAUCCCCUUGUGGAAGUUGAUCACCUGGUCUCUUGGUCUUUGUUAUUUUGGUGUUGUCUUUGCUGUCCCCCUUCGCCGACAAGUCAUCAUCCGAGAAAGGCUCCGUUUCCCCAGUGGAUUUAGUACUGCUGUUCUUAUCGGGGUCCUUCAUGGUCAGACGCGGAAGGCCGGCCCCGAUGCCGUAUCAGGCGGCUUCGCGAGUCUCGUACCGGAUGAUGACUCGAAACCGGGUUUGACACUGGGGUCUGCUUGUAGCCACAACAUUGCAGAUCCCGAAAAUGCCGGUUCCGAGGGCCUCGAGAGUCGCUCCCAGGAUGAUUGGGCUCAGAAUGUGAGGCUACUUCUCAUAUGCUUUGGGAUCUCGGGCUUGUACACUCUGUCCUCCUACUUUUUGCCUGCAUUGCGAAGUAUCCCUAUAUUUGGUACCGGUGCCGCAGGUACUUGGCUUUGGACGCUGAACCCAAGCCCGGCCUAUAUUGGCCAGGGCAUUAUCAUGGGACCUGAGACAACUUUGCACAUGCUGCUGGGAGCCACGAUUGGAUGGGGGCUUCUCUCUCCGCUAGCCAAGUAUCGGGGAUGGGCACCCGGUUCCAUCGACGACUGGGAAACAGGCAGCAAGGGCUGGAUCGUGUGGAUCUCCCUGGCCAUCAUGCUAGCGGAUGCUAUUGUCAGCCUCAGUUACAUUGCUUUCCGCCCCUUGGUCCAGCACGUUGCCAAUGAAGGUGUGAAAGGUAUGUGGCAGCAAACUGUGCUAGGUUGGCAACAGCACUUUGGGUUGAGCCGACGUUCCAUCCCAACGUAUACUGCUCUGAACACGGAUGAGGUAGGAGAGGUGACGAGUACCUCCCGGCUCUUGUCUGAUGAGUCGCAAACCUCUGUGGUCCGCCGUCGGUUUUCGACGUCGAGUGUCAGCGAUGGUCGCGCCGACGAAGCAGACGCACCAGAAAACCAACAAAUCGACAACAAGCUUGUUGCCGUGGGGCUGGUUUUGUCCAUUCUGCUCUGUAUCACCACCAUACACAUUGUCUUCGGCGAUCUAGUUCCCCUCUAUGCCACGAUCGUUGCCGUCCUAAUGGCUCUACUGCUUAGCAUCAUGGGUGUUCGAGCACUCGGUGAGACGGAUCUGAAUCCCGUAUCCGGCAUCAGCAAGCUUGCGCAAUUAUUCUUCGCACUCAUUAUUCCCCAGUCACAUAAGUCCAGUGUGCUUAUCAACUUAGUCGCAGGUGCAGUGUCUGAGGCCGGGGCUCUUCAAGCGGGUGAUUUGAUGCAGGAUCUCAAGACAGGCCACCUCUUAGGAGCCGCGCCUAGAGCCCAGUUCUGGGGCCAAGUGAUUGGAGCAACAGCAGGCGCUGUAGUUAGUGCGUUCGUGUAUCAGCUCUACACAGCAGUCUAUACGAUUCCGGGAGAUCUCUUCCAGGUCCCCACGGGAUACGUAUGGAUCUUCACGGCCAGGCUAGUGACGGGCAAAGGCUUGCCGCCCAUGGCACGUGAGUGGGCUAUUGGCUUCGGUAUCGUGUUUGCCUUCACGACAGUGGUGAGGACCAUAGUGACCGGCAAACCUUGGCGUUCCCUUGUGCCGGGGGGUAUUGCCGUAGCGAUGGUAGGAAUGUAUAACGUCCCAUCAUUCACCCUGGCCCGGACUGUUGGCGGCCUGCUAAGCUGGUACUGGGUCUCGAGGCGAGGCGAGUCGAGCACGCCAUUGAUUGUGCUAGCAUCAGGCUUCAUUCUCGGUGAAGGAUUUCUCAGCAUCGUGAAUCUCAUUUUGCAAAGCAUUGCUGUUCCUCACUACUAG